CAGUUGUGAGCAAGCAGUCCGUCAGUCAAAGUGAGUGUGAACGGAGCGUGCAUAGGUGGUGAAUGCGCGAAGAAAAGAUGUCGAUUUCUCAUGCGGCCUAAUGGUGCCCAAGUGUUGAGCAAAUCAACCUCAACUAUUCGGGAACUUCUAUUGUUGCGGUGUUUCGCACGGUAGAAUCAUAGUGAAAAGUGCGUUUAUAAUAAACACAAUUCCACAGUGAAGCGAAAGCAAAAGUGUGCGUGUAUGUGUUUUGUUGUUGUUGCUACUGCUGCUUGACAGUACGUCAUCCUGACAACGGAGCAUCAUCGUAGUAGGCAGCAUUUUGACAGACGCACGGCAACACCAAACUCUCCCCUUCUUCGGCAGAAGGGAGGAGAGAGUGAGUGUGCUAGGGAAGUGAGUGAGUGAGCGAGAGGGCGAGAGGGUGAGAGACCGCAGCCUAACGGGUGGGGGUGGUAGACGUCAAAAUGGCGCACCAAAUGCUGGCUCCGUCCGUGAACUGUUCGCUGGAUGAUAUCGAUCUGAACGCGCUGAAGGAUCCUGCUGGAAUCUUUGAGCUGAUCGAAGUCGUCGGAAAUGGAACAUACGGACAGGUGUACAAGGGUCGCCACACAAAGACUGGACAACUCGCUGCCAUUAAGGUGAUGGACGUCACCGAGGAGGAGGAGGAAGAGAUCAAGCUAGAGAUCAACGUAUUAAAGAAAUAUUCCAACCAUCGCAACAUUGCCACAUACUAUGGUGCAUUUAUCAAAAAGACGCCCGCCGGCAAAGACGACCAGCUGUGGCUGGUGAUGGAGUACUGCGGGGCCGGUUCCGUCACCGAUCUGGUCAAGUCGACCAAGGGCCAGAGCCUGAAGGAGGAAUGGAUAGCGUACAUCUGUCGCGAGAUUCUGCGCGGCCUGAGCUACCUGCACACGAACAAGGUGAUACACCGUGACAUCAAGGGCCAGAAUGUGCUGCUGACGGACAACGCGGAGGUUAAGCUGGUCGACUUCGGUGUAUCGGCCCAGCUGGACAAAACCAUCGGCCGGCGGAACACUUUCAUUGGUACACCUUACUGGAUGGCACCGGAAGUCAUAGCUUGUGAUGAAAACCGGGACGCAACGUACGACAACCGGUCCGAUCUCUGGUCACUAGGUAUUACCGCGCUAGAAAUGGCCGAAUCGCAGCCACCGCUCUGUGAUCUCCAUCCGAUGCGUGCGCUCUUUCUAAUCCCGCGCAAUCCACCGCCGCGCAUGAAGUCGAAGAAAUGGUCGAAAAAAUUCCACAGCUUCAUCGAUACGGUGCUUGUGAAAGAUUACCAUCAACGGCCUUACACGGAGCAGUUACUGAAGCACCCGUUCAUCAAAGAGCAACCAACAGAAAGACAAGUUAGAAUACAGCUUAAAGAUCAUAUCGAUAGGUGUAAGAAGCGUAAGCAGGAGAAGGAACGCGACGACUAUCGUUAUUCCGGAUCAGAAAACGACGAUGACGACGGGCAAACUGCGGGCGAACCGUCCUCGAUCAUUCAGGCACCGGGCAACGAUACGCUGCGGCGUACGUUCCACCAGAUACAGGAGGGUCGAAUGCAGAACGCCGAACAGCAGCAGCCACCGAAUCGGAAUCAGAAACCACAACCUCGAGACGAUCGAAGUAAACCGCAACCGGUAGAGGAACCGGGUCCACCAUCCCGGCCACAGCUACCGCAGCGUUUGAUCGUGGUACCGGACCCACCGGCCAACAGCAACGCAAACCGCCCCCUGCCACCGACACCGCGCAGUGGCAGCGGUUCCUCCUCCCAGCCACAACAGCCAUCGUCACAGACGCCGCAACAGCCGGCACGCAAUCAGCAAAACUUCUUCAAACCGGUGCUGCCACCGAGACGACCUGAGGAAUUGGACAUGUUGGCCGCACAACUAAACGAACUGGGCGUCUCCUCCCCCCCGCAGCAGUCGCAGCAAGCGCAACCGGAAGCGCCACCGCGAAGCAAUCGACCACAGCCCGGACCGCCUGUGCCUGGUGGUGGUGGCCAGCAAGCGCAACAGCAGCAGCAACAGGUCAGUGCAGUUGGUGCGAGCGGAGUCGGCAAGGCGCCCGCCAUUGCACCGAACGGCAACAAUAACAGCAGCAAUGGUGGCGGCAGCAGCGGCAACAUCAAUAACAAUAACCAUCAUCCGCAACCGAUCAAUCCGCUCGAUCCGAUCGAAAGCUCCGACUCGGACUCGGAACCGGAGGAACCGAACGGCCGAACACGAAACGACGGUACGCUUCUGGCCAGCGAUCCACCGAUGCCACUUCCCGAAUUUUCCUAUAGGACGGGCGGUUUGGGAGUGCUCGCCGAAUCCGACCAGAACAAUCAGUCGUCGUCGAGCACGCCGGCGGGCGGCGGUGGUGGCAGUGGAGCCAGUGUCCUGUCGCCUCCGAGCGGUGGCGGCGGUGGACCUCCGAACCGACCGCUCCCACCAACGCCAGACGACGAUGACGCACAAGGCGACGGGACACUCAUCAAGCGGAACGUCGACAAUAAGUCAUCCUCGUCGAUCGGAACGACCACCACCUCAUCGUCCGCUUCCACCGGCUCGACAACGCACUCCGAAAGCGACGAAGCCGUCCUGCUCCGCGAUUGGGAUUUCGAAAGAUUCUUCCCGUCCAACGAACGUCCGAAGCCGUCCCAGCGCCACUCGAUGUCGGACAAGACAUCGUCCUCCUCCUCCAACUCGCCGGCCGACUCCAACGGGCGUCUGCGGCCUAACGCGAUCGACAACAAAACUCGCAAGGAGCUUGCCAACUCAACCGCUUCCUGUGCGAUGAAGAAACCGUACCCCGCGUCGCAACAGAUGAACCUGGCGUACGCCGAGAAGCGCAAGGUGGAAGAGAUGAACAACAAGAUCCGGCUGGAGGAACACGUCAAGCACGAAAUAUUCGCCCGUCAACGGUUACAGUUGGAUAAGGCGUCAUCGCCUUCGAGAGCCACGGGUGGACAAAACUCUGCCCAACAGCAGCAGGCACACAAACGGCAGGAAUCGGAUUCCCGACUGCCGCUCAACUUUGCCCGUGCUUUUCGGCGUGAAAAUUCGGACUUUUUCCCCCUCUCGAAACGCCAUUCGGCGAUACUGGGUGAAGCGUCCGCGGACGCCAAGUCAAUGUCCCCGGGCAGAGGUCAGGAGGGUAUGCUGCAACAGCACCAGCAACAGCGCUCCAGUGCCAUCUUUUCACGCAGCAGUCGCAACAAGUUCGAGCCCAUUCUGACCAACUUUUCGCUCAACAAUCCGUCCGGUAGUGAUGACGAGCGUCGGUCGGUGUCCCGCCUAACACCACCGCGCACGGGAGGUCAGCAGGGUGUUGGAGGAGGAGGAGGAGGAGGAGCAUCCGGUACAUCUAACGAAGGUAGCAGCGGUGGUGGGGGAAGUGGUAAUGCGCAAGGCCGCCAGCCGAGUCCGCUGGCAGGGUCGCAGGUGACCACACGCAACAUGGACUUCUUGCGUCCGCGUCGCGAAAAAACUGAGUCGGUUAUCUUCGUUCGUAAUUCACCCAACCGGCCGCAGCAAUCCUUGCUGUUUGAUGGUCAACAGAAGAAUCGUUCUGGGGAGAACAGCAGCCUUGGUACGCCCGGGCAGCGAACGAGCAGCGUCCUGCCGGAUCUACUUAGUCAAGCAUCCCCGGCGACACCCCCGAGACAUGACAAGUCCGCCAGCGAGGAGUAUCGGGCAGCGGUGAAUUCCUCCGUUCAGUCGAACCUCCAAGUCCCCGGUAGCAUGCAAUCCAAACCCUUCCUUCCAGCUCCAAACAGUACGAACAGCGCAAACACCACCACCACCAACAACCUGAGCGCCGCUGGUCCGGCGGUGGCGGGAAGCAAAGGCAACGCUUCUUCGCCCCAUUCGACGGUGUCGAACUCGUCGUCCUCCCGCAACAACAGUCCCAACCAUUCGAUUAACACUAGACUCCUAAGCAGUAGUAGUAACAGUAGUAGUAGCGUCGUCGUCGUCAAUCAUAAACUGCUCAAUAACAAUCAUUUACUACCUCCUCCCUACCACCAACAACAACAACAACAACAACAAUACCACCAACACCAUCAAAUGCGUGACCAUCUGCCAAUGGGAACGAUGCCCGUGCAUCUGCUGCCCGGUGCAUCGGCGAACGGAAACGCCAACAACACCCCGGGCACUGCACAACACCCGCUGCCGGUGUCGCCAUUUUCGUUGGCACUGCAACAGAAGCAGCGCAGCUUUCUCACGUUCGGGUUCGGCGCCCAGUCGGGCGGUUCGGCUGCGUCGCGCCGCGAGAGCCAUGUGAACGUGAACGUUACGCCGACGUCGCACGACGCUUCGAGCGAUACGCCCGAAAUCCGGAAGUACAAGAAGCGUUUCAAUUCGGAAAUUCUGUGCGCGGCACUGUGGGGUGUGAACCUGCUGAUCGGCACGGAGAAUGGGUUGAUGUUGCUGGAUCGGUCGGGACAGGGCAAGGUCUACCAGCUGAUAUCUCGCAGACGGUUCCAGCAGAUGGAGGUGCUCGAAGGACAAAACAUUCUGGUGACCAUCUCGGGCAAGAAGAAUCGUGUCCGUGUGUACUACCUGUCCUGGCUCAAGUCAAAGAUCUUGCGCACCGAUGGCCUGACGGAUCAACAAGUGGAGCGCCGCAACGGCUGGAUCAAUGUCGGUGAUCUGCAGGGUGCCGUACACUUCAAGAUCGUCAAGUACGAGCGAAUCAAAUUCUUGGUGAUCGCUCUGAAAGACUCGAUCGAAAUCUACGCCUGGGCACCGAAACCCUACCAUAAGUUUAUGGCAUUUAAGAGCUUCGGUGAGCUGAUGCAUCGUCCACUGUUGGUCGAUCUGACGGUCGAGGAGCAGACGCGGCUAAAGGUCAUCUACGGGUCGGCGGAAGGUUUCCAUGCGGUCGAUCUCGAUUCGGCAACCGUUUACGAUAUCUAUCUUCCUAAGCAUACUCAGGGUCCAAUUUCGCCACACUGUAUCGUAACGCUGCCGAACUCGAACGGUAUGCAGCUGUUGCUGUGCUACGACAACGAAGGUGUAUACGUCAACACGAUGGGCCGCGUGUCCAAGAACAUCGUGUUGCAGUGGGGCGAAAUGCCAACCUCCGUGGCGUACAUCGGCACCGGUCAGAUAAUGGGCUGGGGCAACAAAGCAAUCGAGAUUCGCUCGGUAGAAACCGGCCACCUGGACGGUGUGUUUAUGCACAAAAAGGCGCAGCGUCUCAAGUUCCUGUGCGAGCGGAACGACAAGGUUUUCUUCAGCAGUGCCAAAGGCGGCUCGUCCUGUCAGAUCUACUUCAUGACGCUGAACAAACCGGGCAUGGCCAACUGGUAAAAGCACACACGCCCACUAGCCACGGUGGGUGGUUGGCUAUGUGUGUGCGUGUGUCCGCGCGUCUCCGGGUGGGUAUGAGAUGAGUUAAAGGACGAGUGACAGCCGUAACAUGAUCGAAUAGUGUUGUGUGUAGUCGAUGCGGGCGAAACGACGAGAUAUAGGAAAUAAUUCUUUUUUUUCACACAUCCAGCAAGAAGGUGCUGAUGUUUUCCCGGCUUUUCUUACUGUGAAGCAGGCAAAAAGCGCACCCCUCACGCAUACACAGACACACACACACACGAACCCAUACAACGGCGCAGACAAGCGAGUAGAACACGGCAGAAGCAGCAAAGUAAUAAUAAAGUAAAGUACACAGCGAGCAGGAACAACCCCCCUUUUUACUCUAGAAAUAGUAGCACACACCAACAAACACACACAAACAGACAGACACACAUGUAAACUAAUUAUUAGACGGCAGCAGAAGUCGAACAAAAGCAGAACAUAAUUGCGUGAUGGAGCGUGUAAGAAAAACAAAACACGAACACUCUUAGGGAGUAGAACACGAAAUAGAUAACCAAGGUUUAGGGUAACAUUAUUAUCGGAGUGACACCCCACAUACGUCGGGGGUGAACAUAGGUGAGGGUGGCGUCACCGGACCGAUCACCCCGGUUGCCUCCCAACCAGCCAGCAAUCCCAUCUUAUGAGCGCAUCUUCCCAGUAUUAUCCCAGGACAUGCUACCCUUUUGUCCUUAGUAGCCACCCGUCCCCCCCCCCCACCCUCCCCUCCCAUUCAUCUGUCCCCCCACUGUCUAGCAGCACAGUUCGUGCUUGGUGCUCGUGUUUGCUUGUGACCACGAUGAUGCCAUGUAUUCCAAUCGCGGGCACGUGCUUCUGUGUAUGUGUUCCGCGAUCGAUGUUGGGCAUUUUCCCUCGUCUGUAUUAUUCAGGUUAGCAUUUUUUAGCACGGUACAAAAACACUAAACCGUGUGAUAUAUCGAAUACUACAGUAGACACACCGACCGACAACACACCGUGGAGUGCAAUCAAUUAUUAUGCGAGACAGUUGAGGAUCGUUGCACCGGGAAGAUGCGUGCAACAGUAGCGAAUUUCCCUCUCCCUGCAGUAGCACGGGAUAGGAAUCGUUUUUGCGUUAGAGAAAAAAAAAUCCUAGCGAGGAAUCGAAGAAUCGUAGCGAUUUUGUGUGCAGUUGUAAGGAUGGGAAUGGGUUUUCGAUUUGGUGCAACACACAUCUCCCAACUUUGGGCGAUUGCCGAUCUGUUUUUGUUUAGUCCGUAUUUAGUAGGUCCACGGAUGAGCAGCAGCAGCAGGUUGCAACCGAAUUUUAAAAUGCAGCAAAAUUCAUGCUGAAUGGGUCUAACUGAAGAGUGAUUUUGAUAUUUUAUACACUCACCAACCUAUCCUAUCGUGCGCAACAAUCAUUCACGCCAUAGCAUUUGUCUGUUUCGUUUUGUAUCUAAGUUAAAAAGUGUUUCCUUUAUCUCUCAAAUCACCUGCCAGCGAGGAUUCACCGGUAUCCAAAUGAUUGAGAUUAGUGCAAAAUAGUGAUACCCGUAUAUAUUGAUCGGUUCGUCAAGGGUAGUUAGUGCAGACCGAGGGCGUUUGUUUAGCUAAGAGAGCUGUGUGUGUAUGUGAGGAAAGGGUUCUACGCGUUCUUUUCUUAUUUCCUUUUUUGCUGUUUGUUCUCUGUUCAAACUUUUCACACUCGUACGUCUAAUAAUUGGUGAUGUUUUGUUUGUGUCUGUUGCUUUGAGCAUUUGCAUUCACAUUUAUCUCGUAUUUAGGUACACGAUCUGCAAACAACAAGCGUGUGCGCAAUAGAGAGAGACACACACACACACACCCACAGGGAAUUUGUUAGUUAAGGAUAUUAAGCGUGAUAGCUUGCGGGGGAAAUAGCGCCAGGACGAUGGGUGGGACAUUUUGAGACUAUCCAGCGGUAACGAACACGAGAUCCAUCACCUAGUCCGUGCCGCUUAACAUGGGGAACAAAUUGAUGGCUGGGCUGAACGCAACACGGACGCGUGCCGCCUGGUCAACAAUCCCUGUUGCUCGUUCUCGUAGUAAGUGUGUAAGAGAGGAAAAGUUUAGUUUCUGUUUUCAAUUUUAGAGUUUUUUUUUCUCUGUCUGUUUCCUUUCUCGACUUUAUGUUUUCUUUUUCUCGUUUGUUUUCAUAUACAUAUGCAUAUUAUAUAUAUAUACCGUAAAGAUAUCCAGAAAAUAGUAUUUUAUUUUUCUCCCCUCACUUAUAUAGCUUGAAGUGUAUGAGGAGGUUUGCUGCAGGAAAGAAAGAACAUAAGUAAUGAAGUAAACUCGAUAAAGAGCGAGGGCAGGAUUUACAGAAGAAGAAGAAAAAAGAACACAAAGUGUGUAGCGACAAAAAGAAGCAAAAUGCAGGGUUUAGAGGAACGCACAUUGUGCGAAUAGAAGGGCUCGCGGUCACAAGUAAGCGGAAGAUAAACUUUAGACGCUUCAUAAGAGGAAAUAUGAAGAGUAAAAAAGCGAGCAGCAGCAGCAGAGCAUUAGAAACGAAACCGUACUUUUGAUCGCGAUCGCGUCCUAGUUUGAUCGGUUUUUUUAGCACUAUAAAAACCCCCAACGACGCCCCACCCCACGGGGGGGGGGGGUUUCUCGAUGCAUGCGGCGUGGGUAUUAUGUACCCAACAACUUUCCAAUUUAUAAGCAAAACACAGUGAACAAAACACAAAACAAUGGAAAACAAAGGGGGAAAUUGCCUAUGCAACAAGGCGGGGCAGCAGCAGGCAAGCAAUGGGGUGGUGCAUGCAUGUUAUCACAUUCACGUAAUCAUUCGCCUACAUUAGUACACGUAUUAACGGUUUUGAAGAAAAGCAAAAAAAAAAGAGUCAUAAACAUACAUUUUACCCACACACACACAUACAACACAGUCACGAAUACACGGUUACACAUACACAAAGUAAAACAAUCAAAACUCAUCCACACAAAAUCAUUCUAUCUCUCUAUCUCUCUGUUUUUUGAAUUAGGAAACCCGUAGCAAGUAAGCUAAUUUGGAAUGACAACAAAGCAAGUGAAUCGAAGAAAGCAAGCAAGCAAGCAUAUAAGUAUGAUAGAAGAAAUAGUAAGGAAACAGGACAAUUAGACAGUGGUGAGCGUAGAGAAAGAAGGUGAAAAAAACAAAACGUGUGGCAUGAAUUAAACAAAAACCAGGAACAAGAAAAACGCAUAGGAUUAUGAAGCAAGAAAAAAAAGAACACGGUAAAGCAAACGAGCGAGUGAACGAUACGGAGAAUGAGGAUGGAGUUAUAUAUGUGUAUAGAACAGCAGAAGUGCAGAGGUGCGAAAAUAAAAACUAUCGGCAAGAAAAUGUAAGUCCUGAAGAAAUA